AUGAGCGGCCGAAGCCGCCUGACAGCCUCAUCGAGUGCUGCGCCAGCCAGCAGGUCUUCUGUCCCUUGGAAGGCGGAAACUAGCGUUCUGCGUACCAUUGCAGCAAACACUCCUGAGGAUGAGGUUCCAACGUUCGAGCUUGUGGAUGCGGAAGUCUUGCGGGCGGAUGGCCAGACACUCGCAAACCCUCUGGAUCUUCAGCUUCAUGGCCCGUUCAUUGUGCGCGGGUUCCUCAUGAUUGAUGACGCAGCCCAGCGAACACAUUUGAUCACACAAGGGAGGAGGAAUCGUAUUCCCAUCAAGAUCAACCAGGUCGAGCGCUACUCCGUUGGGAUUGCCGCCGAUGACGAGGAUAGCUUAGGCUUCAACCCUCCUUUGCUUUGGCUAAGGGGCAAAUGCUGUUAUCACGAAAUCAGUCCUGCGCAGCAUUAUCUCCCCAUCUAUCGACAAGCCAUCGAGGCGAUAGCAAUGUACUACAGCUUCGAGGAAUACUACAGCACAGGCCAGGGAAUCCCCAUGAAAAAGUCCUCCAAGAAGAGCAGGCUACGAGUGGAGUCUUUGGCACCCUUAUUCCUCCACUGUGCGAUGCAGCUCGGGAACGGUUGGACUAUGGACGAUGUCACGCAGAAGUGCCAUGACCUUGCUCACUUUCUCAUCAGCCAAUUUUUCACAACGAUGCCGGAUGUUUUAAUAUGGGAAAACACUUAUUUUCACGCAUGGAUGAAACAGGAACACAAGGACCUGUAUCAUCGUAUCAGGGAUGCCUAUAUCAGCGGCCGGCCUCAAGUAGAAAAGCAUCCAGCAGAUGCACAACGGAGUGCAUCUCUAAGCCAGACACCAGUCCCCGCCUCACUCCCGUCUCGCAUUCGAUCAUCUGAACUAACGCCGGUGGACACAACAAUCAAGGAAAAGGCAACCACAGGUGACGUGCCGGCAGGCUCAGGUUCCCAGCGUCAGCGAUCUACAAGAUCACGCUCGCUCCUCCCCGAGGAAACUCACGUCCUAGCUGAACGCCCCGCACCCAAGCCUAAAAUGAAGCCGUCUACAUCGACCCCGACUUUAACCUCGCAAGCCUCUAUGGCCUCGCCGGCCGCAGAUGAUGAACAUGUCGAGCCAUUCGAAUCUUUGCGCCUUGCCCUGGAGGGCGUGUAUACCAAGACCGCAAAUCCAGCAAAGCUGACGGAGCAGUCUAUCGCGAACAAAAUCUACUUCGACUACCGGUGGCCCACCUACAAGAACGGGCAAACUGGAUGCCACAAGAUACCUGUAUUGGAGGUCUUUCACUACAAUGCUGCGCAACUUCUCGAGGUACUCGACAAAGCGAGAUGGGGUGGCACGCCGUUUUGGUCUUGGCUUGAGGCGAAGGUUGAGGAGCCGUUCAAGCCAGUAUCCAUGACACCGGACAAAUUCCCGUACACCCUGGUCCUCAGGAAGAAGAUGGAGAACAUUGUGCGCAAGCCCAAACCCCCACCUACGAAACUGCCGGCCACCCAUGACUACGGGUAUGACGAGGACGAGGACGAAAGUGAUGUCCACCACGAUGGUUUCGAAACCCCUGGCCGAGGCAUUGGAAAGACGCCAGCGCGCCUAGGCAAGUCUGCCCUACGACCAGCGGCAACACUUAUAAAACGGGCUCUGGAGAGUGACUCCGAGGAAGAUUCUCCCAUUGCAAAGCGAUCGCACUUUUUUGGCGGCGAUACCGAAGAUGAUCAGCAACUAGCCAACGAGGACGAAGAGGAAGAUGGAGAAGCUCAGAUCAAGCUUGUUGUGCGCGCCGACAGAAUACCCUCGACCACCCCACGCGGCCCCGACGGGACCUGGACCUGCGAUGAAGAGAAUUGCAACUACAUUAUCCGCGGAGGUGACGCCGAGGAUUGUAAGGAACGCAUUCAGCAACACCUUGCCACACACGAACAGGAAGCCGAACGGGUCCAACUAGCCAUGGUCGAAGGCACCAAGAACCACAGCUCAAUCAGGUAUGCAUACUUCCCUCCAUUUAUAGUCAUGAUCAACCCAGGUGCGCCGUGGCCCUCGGUGGAGGACAGUCACGAGACCGACCAAACGACGCCGGAAGCUCCAACAUCGUAGCACGAUCAAACCGCGUAUCCGAGCACAGUAUCGCCCGAAGCACCACGUCGAACAAAAACACCCUUAACCACUAUCGCUACACCGCCAUGCACAUCUUCCCCUCUACCUAAGCGGGUGACACCACAGAGCUUCCGUACCUCCUUACUCCAAUAUCGCCGCGAGCCCCAACCUGUUGCCGAUGGAAUACAACAGCU